AUGGGGAAUUCCCAAAGGAUAGUGCGCGAGUCUCGAUUUCGCUCAACGUGCGGGGCGCGAGCAAGGCGCGAGACGGAUCUUGAUCUCACGGGGGAUAUAAAUAGCUGGCACCGCAAUUUGCUUCCGUCCCGCGUCCUGUCCUGUGCACACGCUGGCUGUGGUGAACAGGUGGAAGACAGAAUGACGGAUAGGACCAUCCGCGAGCUCCUCCAUCGUUCAUACUACCGUGACGAGUCUCAACAAAAUUCUCGGUCUUUCCAUCCUUACUCGAGCUCACAACGCACGACAUCCUCAUCCUCACAUUCAUCUACUCCAAGCUUAAUCGUGCCACCUCCCCUUCCACGAUCACAAUGCAUCCCACUGCCGCCCCUUUCCACUAUCGAGGUGGAAAUUAACCCGAUACUCGUCGCUGGGAUCGAGUAUAACAUUAGAGAACCCACCUCCUUCGCCGAAUGUCCUUCGCGACGACACAGUUCGCGAGGGAUGGACGCGUGGAGGUAUGAAGCUGCCGUUCAUCCGCCCGUUGCGUCGUUGACUAUAUUCCUCGACUUUGACCCGCACCGACCUAUCGUCGUCUUUCCCGCGAACAGGUAUGAUUCCGUCAUCGCGGUAUCCCAUGUUUUGGAUGCUGUGAAUCGGAGGGUGGGUAUGAUUGCAGAGGAGCUGGGGGAGGCGUAUAAUGCGGGAUAUACGGUGCAGCGUUUGAGAAGGGAGCGCUCCUCCUUCCGCACUUCUUACUGUACUCACUCCUCCCCCAACAACUCUGGAAAGCGAGUUAAGGGGUCUUCGUGGAGUAAAGAUUGUUUAUUGCCUCCUGCGGAUGCCAAGCGGAUGCACGAUCCAGCCAAAACGGUAUCAUAUCCCGGUCCCAUCGGGUUUCGAACUGCGGUGGUUUUCUUUGGCGUCAUCGCAAAUGCAUACGCCUUAGGCCUCAAACAUCCGCCAUUUUCCGAGUGA